GAGGCCUGGGGGAGUUCCACAGGGAAUAAGACAGUGUUGGAUAGUUUUAGAGAGUUUUGUUUGGAAGUCUAGGGUUCUGAGCAUUCCAAAAGAGGUAGUCACUUGCUUAUUCUGAAUAUUGAGAGUGCAAAGAUGCAUCCGAGGKGGUUUUGGUUAAAAAAAAAAAAAAAAAAAAAAAAAAAAAAGAGAGUGCAAAGAUGGCUAGCAGCCCCGUGUUAGUUUCCUCCUGUCGAUCGUCGUUUGUACCAAAUUUCACCAGGCUUUUUGAGAAUACCUUGGCACCUGGAGGAGGUGCUGCCUCAACUGGUGAACUGUUCUGUGAUGAAAUUGACUCCAUCGCAGCGAAGCUGGCUGAGGUUAAUAGCCCGAUCAAAGACCUUACCGAAGCAGUAGGUACGUCUUUUGCUCUCGUCGCAGCGCUGCACAUGAUCUUUCUGAUGCAGGGCGGUUUCGCCAUGCUGUGUGCAGGCUCCACUCGUGCCAAAAAUACCAUGAACGUCUUGUUAACGUAUAUUGCUGUUACUGCAUCUAGCGCCAUGUUUUUCUUCAUCUUUGGCUUUGCCCUCUCCUCUGACGCUCCUGAUGACAACGGUUUCAUGGGAGGUUCCCACUUUUUCCUGGACAAUUAUCGCCGCAAGGAGAUGUGGAUGUUCCGAUGGGCCUUUGCGGCAGCAGCAGCGGCGAUUCCCAGUGGGUCACUUGCAGAAAGGACCCAGUUGAUGACGUACAUCAUUUACGCCACUUUGCUAUCAGCUUUUGUGUACCCGGUUGUAGCUCAUUGGGUUUGGUCAUCUAGUGGAUGGCUGUCAGCAACCCGAGUGGUUGGUGGACGCUUGUUUGGAUCAGGAAUGAUUGAUUUUGGGGGAAGUGGGGCUGUGCACGUCACCGGAGGCAUAGCGGGAUUCUGGGGAACUUUCAUUGAGGGCCCUCGUUUGGGACGAUUUGGAGCGCACUUAACCAAAAUCAACAAAAUGCAAAUGAGUCUUUCUGAGUGCAUGUUUGGUGCUGCAGAGAGGGUCCGUUUUGAUGCCAAGGGCUCAGUGACACUAGGCAUUCCAUCUGAGUUAAAAGGCCAUAACGUUGUACUUGUUGUCCUAGGAACCUUCUUUGUCUGGUUUGGCUGGUAUGGAUUCAACCCUGGUUCAGCAACGGACACUACCCGAACUGCCGACGUGGUUGGCCACGUAUCAACCACCACCACGUUGUCUGGUGCAGCAGCAGGCAUCACCACUCUCUUUGUCAAGAAGAUGCAGAAAGGCCAUUGGAGUGUGCAAGAUGUUUGUAAUGGCCUUCUGGCUGGGCUUGUCACAAUAACAUCGGGAUGUGCUGUGGUGGAGCAUUGGGCGGCAAUCCUAACGGGAUUUGUCGCUGCCUGGGUGCUCAUCGGCGGGAACAUGGCAAUGGAGCGGUGGGAGAUCGAUGACCCGCUGGAGGCCACACAACUUCACACUGGGUGCGGUGCCUGGGGAGUGCUCGUCACUGGACUCCUUGCAAAACCAGGGUUUGUCAAGGAGGUGUACGGAAUUCACGGUCGCUAUGGCCUGUUGUAUGGUGGAGGCGGGAAACUGCUCGCUGCCCACCUUGUGGGCCUCUUCUGCAUCAUUGUCUGGGUGUCAGUCAUGAUGGGCAGCCUUUUCUUGCUGCUUCACCGGUUUGAUCUGCUGAGGAUCUCCAAGGAACAAGAGACAGAAGGGUUGAACAUGACUAUAGAGAAUGGGCUUGGAUACUCGGAAGGAAGCUCAAGAGGUCGUGCUAGUCACAUGAAAUCAGCAAAAACUGGCAAGGCAACAGACACAGGGAGUAUCAGUAAGUUGGAGCCUGAGCAGCUGCCGAGUGGGAGUGCCGGCAGCAAUAGUGUGUAGAGUCUGAAGGGAGGGGUUGUACGGUGUCACGGAUUGGCUUAUGCGGA